UGUCGCUUGGAGUACUGUCAUAUCGAUGACUGACGAUGACUGACCAUGACGCGGAUCCUCGAGGCAAAAAAACGUUCGCUCUCUUCUUUCCGUACGUAUGUGUCGUUCUUAUCGAUGCGUUCUUAUCACGACCGUGAAUUUGCGAUUGAAAGUACAUUCGAAUUUCGUUGCUUGUCGCUCGCUAAAAAUGUCAUCGAUCACAUCAUCUCCGUAAAUCAUCUCCGGGUUACGUACCCAUAUCGCGAAUCGCUGACGAAUGUCAUCGAUGUUUGAACAACGUCGUGUUACUGCGAAAAUCGAGUGCAUCUGGUGUCUAGUCAGAAUAGAAUUGGAAAUAGUCCAGCAAUGACGACGAUCUACACGUCGGCCGAGCGUGCUCAAUCGAAAUAACAUCCGUUCGCGCCGCAAACUUUACCCAAGCUUUGGAAAUGGCGCGAAAAUCAACGGGCGCAAUGCGCACUCGUCGAUGGCGUUGCGUCAGCUGAUACAACCGAUUAAAAAGAUGGCGAAGUUGAGCCGUGCUGCGCGGAAUCUCUCUUCGAACUUCGCGGCGAAUCGGUAUUUCUCUCGAUUGUUAACUUCACCAUGGUGCAGUAUAUUCACGGUUACAUCGUCCUGUAGACUAUCAACAACUAUUACUGACAAAUCCGAGGAUUCUUUGAUUAUCAGCGACAGCUGCAUAAAACGUUUGAAAGAGAUUGCAGUUGAUGGUGCAGGUUUGAGAGUCACUGUAGAAGGUGGCGGAUGUUCUGGUUUCCAGUACAAAUUCAAUCUAGAUUCAAAUGUGCAUGAAGAUGACAGAAUAUUUCAGAAGGACGGGACCAAGGUGAUUAUAGAUUCGACAUCAUUAGAAUAUGUAAAGGGAUCGACGAUAGAGUUUCAUACUGAAUUGAUACGAUCUGCCUUUAGAAUAACAAACAAUCCUUUAGCUGAGCAGGGAUGUAGUUGUGGUGCUAGCUUUGCUAUUAAAGUGGAAUAGAUCACAGUAAAUGUGUCUAUUCACCUGCAUAGUAAGUUGAUUAACUUGUCUGUAAUUCAGAUUCUUCAACAGCUCAAUGAGAUCAAUUAUAAUUAAUUUUAUUUAUAAUUAAAACGCAAAGCAAUACAUGUAGUUGCUUUGGCAAAUAUACAUUAAUUUAUCACAACACCUACUGCAAAAACAGUAGCUGUACAUAUUUCUUAUAUCAUUUCUUAGUACAUUAAGAAAUAAUUUACAUUUGCAGUUGUAUCUGUUUAUAUCUUGACCAACUAUGAACAAACUGUCCUACGAGCAAUACCAAAAACAUUUACAUAUCAUUUUAUUGUUAAAUCGGUUUAGAGAUUUUGUUUUAUCCUGUACCACAAGUUGGUCACUGUAAUCAAGUGUGAGCAAAUAAAAAUAAUUAUUGCGCUUAUAUGACGCAAAGAACGAGUUAAGAUUAAACAACAUAAGCAUUUGUAAAAAGAGAAAGUCUUAACAUCAGAGAAUUGUUCUGAUUGCAUAAAUAAUAAAACAGCGAAUUAGAGAGCCCUUCAACGCGCGAGCUACAGAUAAUGUAUACAUGUAUGUGCAAAACUAUGUAAAUCACCACCUGGCUGUAGGAGUAUGAAUUGUAUGUAUGUACAUAAAGUUAUAUCGAGAGACCAAUGAUUGCGAUUAAAUCAAUGUUACUGGUGGAAUGUCAA